AUGAGAUGGAAUUUUUUAGGGGAAUUCAUAAGUUUAAUCAUUUAAACCAACUUGUCACCAUCUUUAAAUAAUUCUUAUUUCACAACAUUUUAGAUAACAGUUUACUAUUUGUAGUUAACUUAUUUCUUAAUAAGCGAAAAUCACGAAUACAUAUAUCGUUUAAUUAAUGCUUUAUCAAGAAUUAGUUUGAUAACCCCAAUAUUUAUAGAGACAUAUGAAAUCAACAUACUGAUUGGAGUGAUUAUCAUCAUAUUAAAUAUCAUCCCAUACCUUAUAGUAAUCUAUAGGAGAAUUAAGAAUGUGAACAAGAAAGUAGGUAAUAUAUCUAAAAGCAUAUUACAAAUGGCUACCAUGAUAAUUAACUUUUAUUUUCUAUAUUUCACAUGGUUUUUGUAUUUGCCCUAAUUGUACUACAUAGGAUGGAAUUAUCUCCAAUCCGAUAGCUCUCUUAAUAUCAUAGCCACUAUUGUUCUAUUUUUUACAGUAUUGACUCUGACAAUUUCGAAUGUAUAUUUUGUGAAUUUUGAAUUCAACGAGCAACAUCUAAGAAAGCAUUUUUCCUAUAAUAAUCUAAUUGCGUAGACAUUUGUAAUACCCAUGGCUAUCCUCUAUUUGAAGAAUGAUGAAAUCACACAGAUAGUGAGUAGGACCUUGCAUGGAUUAAUAUUGGCGAUGCAAAUUUAUGAAGCAUAUUUUUAAUUGCCUUUUGGAUUUUCUCAAUAAGGAUAUAUAUUUAAUAGAGCUUUAAUGACUCAUUCUGUUGUAUUCCUAUUCUCUUCAAUCAAGGCUUUGAGUACAGCCAGUCCUUACAGCUUGGCAACUAUCAUGUUAAUUAUGCAGCCAGUUGUAUAAUAUUUGUUUUAAAUUCUUUUUGAUAGCAAAAGAGCAAAUGCUUACCUCUCAAUAAACAAGACAAAUAAUCAAUAUUAUGAGUUGCUAUACAUUGAAGAUUUCUUUGAGUUGAGUUAAUUAGCACAAAAAAAUAAAACUAAGGAAAUCGAAUUAAUAUAAAAAUUCAGUCUUCACAUGAAUAGAUGCAAUUCAACUAAAUGUUAAUGCAGGAAAAUAGGAUCAUAGAAAAUUCUAUUAUUUGACGAAACUGUGCUUUUGAUUUCCUGUUUGUUCAAGGGAAGCUUUGAGAAACACAAAUUAAAUUAUCAGGAUUUAAGAGUGUUUGAAAUAUUCAGUCUAAAGUUCUUAACAUUUAUUAAUAAAUACAAACAUAAUGCCCCAAAAACUUAUUAAGAACUUAAAAUCUUUUUUUAGAAAAAGCGAGAUUACUCGUUUUAUUUCAUUUAAAUGUGUUUAUUAUUACAAUUCAUACUCUAAGCUUAAAUGCAAAAAGAUGAGGAUUAUAAUAUAAAUAAAGAGACCAGAGUUUCGAAUGUGAAAUUAUAGGUGAGCAAAAGUGAAAGAAGUAUAGUUCAAAAUCUUUAUUAAAUGGAACAAGUUAAACAAAAUAUGAUACCUCUAUUAACAGAGGUUAGUCAAUUUAAAUCUUAAUUCUGGAAAUCAUUUAAAGAGGGCAAAUUCUCAGAUUAUCUUUAAAUUGAGGACCAAAUAAAAAAACUAUAGAAAUUAAGAGAUGAUGUUAUGUAUCAAUUUAACAUUUAUUAUCAAAUAUUUUAUCAAAAUGGGAGAACCUAUAAUGUACAAUUUUUGAAGGUAAACGCUUUAAUUGAUCUAUUAUUGUUUAAUAAUGUAAGAAAAUAUUUUGAAAUGGAGAAAGAAAGGAGAGAAAUUCUGUCAUUUGAGAAGAGUAUGAAUUCGUUUGAAAUUACGAACAUUAACUUUUUUAAGGGAGAAGCAAUAUCAGUAAAAGUUUGCAUAGCAUUUGGUCCAAAUAUCGGAAAAGUAUUAAAUAAGGUAAUUUCUCCUUUGAUCCCCAAAUUUUUUGGAUUUGGAAAAUUUCCUAAUCCAACGAAUGCCUUUGUAGAUUUCACUAAAGGUAACAUCAAUACUUUGAUGCCUGUAUGGCUAGAACCGAUUCAUGAUGAAAUAAUGUAGAAUUAUAUACGAAGAGGAGUUACGGCAAGAAUUGGUAAGUAUUUUUAAACAUUUGCAAAAUUGUAUGAUAAAACAUUGAUAAGAUGUUAAGUUUAUUUGGCACAUAAUUUUAGUUAAGAAUUAGAAGAUGAUUUUACAAUGAUUGGAUGUUUAAAGUCAUUGGAAGAGGAAUAACCAAAGUUUGUAGGUGAUGAGGGCAAGAAAUUAAAGAAUAUUGCAUUUAAAGGAGCUCAACACAUUCUAUUUGAUGUGAAUGGGAAUAUCAUGGGUAUAACUAAAGGGUUAUAUAAAAUGAUUGAAAGGUUGUAGAGAUUGGUAACUAAAAACAAAGUAGGAACGUAUCAUGAAAAUGAUGAGAUUUUACAAUAAAGUGGACAGAAAUCAAAAUCAGAGAACUCAUCAGUCGAAUCUGAAAGUUAUGAUGUGUUCGAUUAGAAAUGGUCGAAUGCAAUUUUGUAAAUUGAUGACUUUUAUAAUAAAGUGUUGAUUUGGAUGAUUUUGCCAUUCAUUUCAAGGGAAAUAGAAUCAACUGGAAUAGAAUUCUUAAUGAAUGGAUAAGCACCUCCAAAAAAUAGAUAUGCAAAUCUAAUUGAUUUAGAAAAUGGAAAUUAAGUAGUUUAAAAUAAAGAAACUUAUUUAUUUGUUCCAGAAGAUUUAAAUUUAUUUGUUUAAUAGUACGACAAGGUAAUUACAAAGAUUGUUGAUGAUCUAAGAGUCUAAUCAAAUAACUUUUCAUCUGGGAGUGCAUAUAGAGGAGGAUAAAGAAGUGAAUAUCAAGAGAGUGAUCAAUAAAGUUUGGUUUAAGUGGUCACUAUUUUUGAUGAGAAGUUAUGUGUAUUCUUCUAUGAGGAACACUUGAAAAGACAUCAAGCAUUAUUAUUUGGAUAGACAAGACAAUCAGAAAUGCAGAAGAGUUAAGGGAGACCCUCAUCCAAAUCAUCUAUACCUGAAAAACAAACCAUUAGCAGUGAAGAAGAUAGUGAGUAAUUAAAAACAAGGGCUGAAAAAAUAUACUAAGAUAGAUAUUCAAAAUACAUUGAGAAAUUUACACCCCAAGAUUUCAAUCCUAUUCCUGUUGUUUAUUCAGUCUUUUAUGAGGAAUAUCGUUAUAAGAAAAAUGAUACUGAUCAUAAACAAUAGAUGUUUGUAAUCGAAUUAAUUGUGAAUGAUUAACAAUUAUUGAAUACUGAAAAGGGAUACAAAAGAUAAUUAAGAGAGACAAUCAAAUAGACAUACUAAAAUUAUUAAUAAAAGAAGUUGCUAUUAGAAUAAAGAUCAGAGGUAGAAGAUUCCAUGAGCAUAUAAGGGAAUAUAAGUGAAUAAAGAAGUGUACAUGAAGGAGAAAUCAUCAAUUACAAUUUCCCAUCUCAUCCUUCACAUUAUUAUGAAGACAUUUAUUUUGUAGAAAAUAAUCAGAUUUUACAAACUGAUUAAAUAUACAGUCCAAGAUAAGAUGGUAAGUCUGAAGGAAUGCUUUUAAGCGGUAGAUCAAGAUAGAGUAAGCCUUUAUUAGAAAAAGAUACCAAAACUUAGGGAGGUCAAAAAAAGAAGAGUUAAGUUACUGUGAAUUCAGAUCAUAGUAGAGAAGAAAUAUAAUUUAAGGGAUCUUAUUCAAAUUUGAAGUUUCCUGAAAAAGAGAUUGCUUUCAAAGCUUUGGCCAGGAUUAAUCAAAAAAAGAAACAGCAAGACUUUUUUAAUGAUAAUGAAUCUAAAAUACCUGUAGAGAGUAAAGGGUCUUAAUAGCAGAUCUUUGAAGAGUUUUAAGUCAAAUAUUCUGACGGUUUAAAACUAUUUGAUUCUCAAUAUAAGGUUGUUUAAUAGAAAACUUCAGAUAUGAAAAAUCCAAACUCAUACAAAAUUCAAAAAUAUCUGUUGAUUACAACAUUUAUUUUAAUAGUAAGUUACAUCAUUCUGAUUUCUGUUGCCGUAUAAAAAUAAUAUAAUCUAAGUGAAUGCUACGAUUUGCUUGAAUUAAUGAUAGCAACCUAAAAAUCAUACUCUCAAAUUACUCAUAGUUUAUAUCGUUUGGAAUUGUCAGAUUUACUGCAAAUAGAUAAUAUUGAUAUUUUAAAGUAAUUUUAUGAAAAACAAAUCUUUUCUGAAUUGUAGUAGCUGAUAGAUAUCUCAAGUAGUUAAAUUAUUGAAAUCAAUCAAGUGUAAGUUAGCUUAGACUUGUUUUAUGAUAUAGAAGAUAAGGUGUAAAUAAAACCAACACUGUAAUAAAUAAUUCAGUUUACUCUUGGUUAAUUCUAUCGGCUAAAAUAAAAUGAAACAAGAGUUAAUUUCAAAUAUAAUUCCUCUUUAACAUUAGCAUCUGUUGCAAAUCUUGAGGGGAUUGGAUAAUUACCACAAAAGGCUUAUGAUUACUGUUUUGAUGAUAAGGUGUCUAAUGAAAAUACAUAUUAAACUCUCUUAAUCGUUUAUAUGGUAGUCAUCUUCUUUUUGGUUAUGAUUUUAUAGUUUUCACACAUUCCAUUAAUUGGAAAAUUAAGAAAGAGUCAUCGUACAUUUUACAAGGAAAUUAUUAAAUUGUAAUCAAAUGAAGUAAAUGAUGAAAUUGAAAUAUAUGAAACUGUUGUGAAUAUCUUCAAAAAAUCUAUUUAUGAAUGGAUGUUGAUUGAUUUUGUUUAAGAAUCUCAAAUGUUCGAGAUUACUAGAGAGCAUAGAACAAAUGCAAUUACUCCAGGGAGAGAAAUGCAUACAGACAUAAGUUAAGGAGCAGUCUCAUCAUCGAAUAAGAAGAAUAAGUAUAAUUUGAUGGAGAAAUUGAAGAAAUCAUAAAUGAGAUAGGUAAAAUACUUUGUGAUAUUAAUGGUUGGAUUAUUUGUUAUUUUAGCUUACUUUUUAAUAAUCUUCUUAGUUAUUUUUAUUCUAUCAAAGGAUCUGUUAUCCAAUGUAGAAAUCCUAUUUAAAUUCAAAUUAGUUUAAUCGUCAGUGAUUAAUUUAAUCAAUAAUAUGGAUUUAGUAGCAUUUUCAAGUGUGAAUGAUUUACUAUUCGAUAAUGUCAUGUCGGUAUAAACUUAUUAAACCUAUGCGUAAGUGCUAAGUGGUGAUACAACAGAUUAUUUUUAACAAUAUUCAAAUGAAUUCUUUUCAGCACUUAUCGAUAAUAAUUUGAAAUUUAAUCUCGAUACUAUAAAUUAGAACAAUAUUUGUGAGAUUGGAAUUGGCAUUGAUUGUGAAUCAACGGAUGCUAUAACCUUAAAUCCUUGGCUACUGCCAUACUAUUAAUAAGGGUUGAAAUCUUUAUUGACUUAAGUUGACAAAAUCAUAUCUUAAUAUCCUUACUUUUUUGAUGACCAAAAUGCGAAAAAUUCAUAGGAGACUCUUUUCGAAUUUUAUUAGAGCUAAGAACACUUAAUUUAUAUAGAUUAUGGAAGUGAAUUAAUAAUCAAGGCUCAGAAGUAAAUAAUUGAUACUGCCUAUUAACAGUUUGAUCAGUCUUUGAAUUUCUACAAACAAACACUGUUAAUUUUCACUUUGAGUGUGGGUGUAGCUGGUUUUUGUAUUAUAGGUUUCUUGGGGAAUCUAAUCUUAAAGAUGCAAAAAGAUUCAAUCGAAACAUGCUAGGCUGCCUUACUAUUAUUAUCACCUAAACGAUACCUAAAUAAAUCGAUGGGUUUAUUAACAUAAAAAAAAUUGUGA